ACAUGUAUGCAAUUGAGUUCACAUAACAUGCAAAAUCCUUGAUUGUUCAGAUGUUUUUAAAUGUCUAUUAAACAUGAUAUUAGAUACAAUUCUGAUAUUAAAGGUGUUAAUCGAUGCAACAUAGCAGCGUUUACUUUUGAUUUCUAAAUUCUAAGUACAAAUUCAAAUACAGGAAUGUCAUCUGUGACUGGGUGGCAAAUAUCACCGUGUUGUUAUUCUGGGUGGUAAGCAGUAUCUUGUCGGGAGAAGAGACUGCGAUAUUUUGGUUGCAAAUGAUGCAACAGUCAGUCGGAAGCAUGCAGAAAUAUCAAUGACACAUCCAGAGGCUAACUUGGCCAGUGUGUCCAGGUUACCUAUUCUAAGGUUGAAAGACGUUUCCAAGUUUGGAACAUGGGUAAACAACAAGAAGGUUGAAGGGGAACAACUCCUGUCAGAUGGGGACUCAAUUUACUUCGGGUCACAGAAAUCAUCUUUUAUGGUGGUGUUUGAGCCGUUUGUAGUGACAGCCUCUUGCCUGGAAAGUGCUUCAAAGAGAAAGCUGCAUCAGCAGCUGUGUACACUGGGAGGUCAUGUGACCAAGGAAUGGCAGAUGGACUGCUCUUGCCUCCUCAUGAACAAGAUAAGUGUCACAAUUAAAGCCAUUUGCGCCCUGGUUUCACAGAAGCCCAUUGUGACACUGGACUACAUUGAUAUGUACAUCAAGCAUUUACAAGGAUCUGUAGAGAAACCGGAUCCUUAUAGGUUCACUCCAAGCUUAGCUGAGACACAACUGGAUCCCAGUGAUGUGUCAUUCGAGGCAGACAGUAGAAGAAAAACACUCUUUCAAGGAAAAACAUUUGUGUUUCUCAAUCACAAGCAGUUCAACAAGAUGAGACUGGCCAUAGAGCUAGCGGGUGGAGUGCCGUUGUUAAUGGAGGGCAAGGGAGACCAGCAUGUGAUACUGGGCCCUCAGACAGUCGUCAUGAACAGCAGUGACGCCAGCUUGACUCAGGGCCAGGGAGACUGGGUGCAGACAGUUCACACCUUGCUAGAAAGGAAUGGAAAACACUUCAUCCAGGAUGCUGCAAUAGGCUACGCAGUUCUUUACUGUUCCACAGAGAAACAUUGCAACCCGGAGUAUUCACAAGACCAGGACGUUUCCAGGCUGCCUUCACAGACUUUGUCCCAGGCCGACCCAUUUGUUGCCAAUACAGACACCCAGCUUCAGGGCAGCAGGGGUUCAGUUGUAAGCCAGAGACGGAAGCUAGGCAUAGACUCACAAGCUGCCGUUAAUGAGACCAGACUCUCUUUGUCCAUACCGGCCACUCCAGAAAUGAAAUGUGUCAGUCAUGUCAAAUCACAGCAAGUGCCAGAUAUGAUGCAGGAGGAGACAACCCUAGCUAAGACAACCAUGUCAGCUCAUAAAAGAGGUAGACAAAGACAAGAUAUAGACCAAGAGACUGUGUCAGAACAGGUUGCUUCCAAACGCGUCAAAACUGAACCAGUUACACCUGCUAAAAUCAGCCAGUCUGUAACAGGUACUGGCAUGAAACCCAGUCCUGCUCAAUCAGGUAGUGGUACAAACAAAGCAGCUCCAUUUACACAGGCCAGUAAAUCAGAUGUCAAUACAAAUAAGAGACUGAAAAGACUUGAGGAGGAUUGGGGAAGUGAUGACGAUGAUAUCAAUUAUUCUUCCAUUGUAAUUGAGGACAUUCAAACCACAGAGCCAAGAAAGUCAAUCAAUGAGUCCCCAUCAUCAUUUGCUCAAAGAAACGAAACCAAGGAGCAAAAAUCUGAUGAAAAGAGAAAGUCUCUUUUCCCAUUUGCUCCAAGGAGUAAUGAUACACAAAGCAGUCUGGGAAAGAAGUCAAGAUCCAGGUCAAGGUCAGUGUCCCCAGUCCCAAUGGCAGAAGUAAAGCAAGAGGUUGACUUAGAAAGUGGAUGUCCAAGGUUAAGGGUCACAGCAGAAAGGCCAAGGUCACCUAUAUCCUUGGCGCAAUGUCACAUAAAAGCUGAAACCAUUGAAGCUCUUGAACAUUCAGAGGUGGAAACAGGAUUCCUCAGUACAAGAACAACUAUACAGAAUCAGAUGAAACAAAAUUGUAAAUACGAGCUAGAGACUGACCAGCCUGUAGCUGUUGUCCAAGUGGAAGUGGUCAGUCUGGUUGCUAGGGGACAAAAACCAAAAGAAAACUUGGCUAGGAAUUGUGCAGAUGGUUUCACGAGGUGGAAGGGCAAGAUGGUGAGGAACUUCAAGAAAUUCAAGAAGACGAAUCAUGCUGGUUCCCAGUCUCUGCCGAACAUCAUCGGAGGGAGUGACCUCGAGGUACACUUGGCUCAGCGAUCCAAAGAACUUGAUGACUGGUUUAGAGAAACUAAUCAGUCACAGAGCCAGCUUUCUAGAGAUGAGGAGAGGGCUGAACAGUUGUUCAAUUUUGAUACAGCAGCUUCUGUUGCAAAGAAACAGGGACGAUAGGAAGCAGUGACUAAGUUUGUUAUUAAAGUUUCAUGUUGAUAAUUGUCACUUGUAUGUUAAUACUGGUAGACAAGACUGGUAUUUGAGUGAAAUUGUGUUAAAAAAUGACAUUCUGAAAUAAACAGUUGGUUUUGAUAUGGAUUGUUUUGUCAUUGCAUAGGAAGCAGUGACUAAGUUUGUUAUUAAAGUUUCAUGUUGAUAAUUGUCACGUGUAUGUUAAUACUGGUAGACAAGACUGGUAUUUGUGUGAAAUUGUGUUAAAAAAUGACAUUCUGAAAUAAAAAUUUGGUUUUGA